CAGUGGCCACAGAACUGGGGGCCAAAACCUAUAUACAAAUGGCGGGAAACUCCGCCUACUCUCAAUUAGCAACUCAAAAUUCCUCAUUUUCUAGGGUUUACGAAGCUCUAUGAUAAAUGAUAAUUAACAUUCAAUUUCUCCAAUUAAAAUCAAUAAUUGUUCAAUAGCAAUGCCGAUUUACAAAAUCAGAGGAAUCGAUGUUGAUUUCCCCUACAAUGCCUACGAUUCCCAGAUUGAUUACAUGAAUAGAGUUAUUCAAGCACUUCAAGAAAAAAACAAUGCAUUGUUGGAGAGUCCAACAGGAACUGGAAAAACUUUGUGUCUUCUAUGUGCUACAUUGGCUUACAGGGCAAGUUUGGGUCCUUUCUGUGCUGGUCAACCUGUAAAUAAAAACGAGUCGUCAGAUAGCCCAUCAUCGCAGACUGCUGGCUCUUUGCUGCCGAAAAUUGUAUAUACUUCUCGGACUCACAGCCAGCUUCGACAAGUGGUUCAGGAAUUGAAGAAAACCAAUUACAGACCAAAAAUGACUGUUUUAGGAUCUCGCGAGCAACUUUGUAUUCAUGAGAAAGUCGGAUUACUCAAAGGGAGAGCACAAUCCAAUGCCUGCUCUUAUGUUAGAAAAAGACGGAGCAAGCAUUAUUGUAAACAUCACAAGCUCACCACCGAUUUCGUAAAAAGCAACCCUCACAUUGGAAAUGAACCUAUUGACAUCGAGGAUUUGGUCAACAUUGGGAGAAGCUGUGGACCGUGUCCAUACUAUGUGUCACGUGAGCUGAUCAAAUCUGUUGACAUAUUGUUUGCACCCUACAACUAUCUCAUUGAUCGUUCAAAUAAAGAUUCCCUUGGAAUAGAGUGGAACAGCAGCAUAUUAAUAUUUGAUGAAGCUCAUAAUUUGGAAAGCAUAUGUUCAGAUGCCGCCUCUUUUGACUUGCCUUCUUCAUUGUUGUCUGCCUGCAUUUCUGAAGCAAAAAGCUGCAUUGACAUUUCUAUUCGUAGAAGAGACGUAGAGAAGUCAAGUGACAUGACUUCUAACCCUGACAAUUUUGCUAUUCUUAGAGCCCUUUUAUUGAAGCUCGAGAAGAGAAUUGCUGAAGUGCCGAUUGACUCCAAGGAACUUGGUUUUACAAGACCUGGUCCUUAUAUAUAUGAAUUACUUGCUGAUUUGAAUGUCACAAGUAAGACUGCAAGCAUGCUCACAGGAAAUAUAGAGGAAGCUGUUCUGCUGCUUGAAGAAGAUGCCAACGUAAUUGAAAGUAAAGAGUCGCAUGGAAACUCCUGCAGGUUGGAGACCAUGGGUGAUAUUCUCAAAACGAUCUUUAGAGACGGAGGUACUUCUCAUGCAAAGUACUAUCGUUUACAUGUUCAAGAGCGUUCGGCAAGUGAUUUUGAUUCUUUUAAAGGUAAUGUGUCUGGCGCUAGGACGCUCAGUUGGUGGUGCUUCAAUCCAGGAAUAAGCAUGGAAGACUUCUCUAAAAAGGGUGUUGGUUCUAUUAUUUUGACAUCAGGAACGUUGUCUCCCAUGGAUUCAUUUGCAUAUGAAUUUAAGCUAGAAUUCCCCAUACGACUGGAGAAUCCUCAUGUUAUAUCGUCAAGUCAGAUCUGGGCCGGAGUUGUACCAGUGGGUCCGUCUAGUUAUUCUUUCAACUCUUCUUACCGUAAUCGUGAUGUCCUAGAAUACAAACAGGAUUUGGGAAAUGCCAUUGUAAAUUUUGCUCGGAUAGUGCCUGAUGGCCUUCUUGUAUUCUUCCCGUCAUAUUAUGUCAUGGAACAAUGUAUUAGUUGCUGGAAGGACCAUCCUCGUGGAAAUGGGGCCAGACAAAGUACCAUAUGGGAAAGAAUAUGCAAAUUUAAACAACCUGUGGUUGAACCUAGACAGUCUUCAUUAUUUUCUACAUCGAUUGAGGACUUCACGUCCAAGCUGAAUGACCCAUCUACAUCCGGCGCUGUCUUUUUUGCUGUUUGUCGGGGCAAGGUCAGCGAAGGAUUGGAUUUUGCUGACCAAUAUGGGAGGGCUGUGAUUGUAACCGGAUUGCCAUUUGCCUUAAGGACAGAUCCUAAGGUCCGACUUAAACGUGAAUUUUUGGACGAACAUGUGAGGGACCAGAAUACAGGUCACAAGCCUCUAUCAGGAGAGGCGUGGUAUGAUCAACAAGCAUCUCGGGCUGUAAAUCAGGCUGUUGGACGUGUAAUCCGUCAUCGCCAUGAUUAUGGAGCAAUAAUAUUCUGCGAUGAAAGGUUUUCAUCUUCACAUCGCCAGGCCCAAGUUUCACGUUGGAUACAGCCUCAUAUCCAGUGUUAUUCAAAUUUUGGGGAUGUUGUUUACUCCUUAACCCGGUUCUUUCGUGCCGGAACUCAUCUUACUGUAAAGGCUGAACCAGAAGAAGCUGUUUGCAAAGGAAAGGCCUGCAGCGAAAAAGUCUCCCUAUCCCGUGAUAGUUGCUGUUCAGAAAUGAAAUUCAAAUCUGUUGCUGAGGAUGAAGACUGUUGUAUGAUCUCAUCAUCUGCCAGAAACAGUGUUGAUAGAGGCAAAAGUGAUAUCCAGCUAUACAAUAUUCCUCCAGCUAAUAGAUUGUCUGGUGUUCAUCAAAAGAAAAUGCAGUUUGUUGCAAUGAAGCAACCCAGUUUCUUACCUGGGAAUGGAAGCAAGUUGCAUCCUUCUGGGAUUACUUAUAGACAUCAAACCUCUGAAAUUAUUGACUUGACAAGUAAUGUUUCAUCUCAUCGAAAUUCAGAUGAACUGAUUGUAGGUUGCUCUUCUAAGAAAAAGAGAGUUCUUGACUUAAAGCCUGAUAAUAUGGAGCAUAAAAAGUUUCCUUGGGAGAAGACCCCUGCUAUCACAGAAGUGAAAUUGGAAGACACUCCAUUACGAAAUGGUUAUAUAGAAGCAGGAAAAUGUCCAAUUAGUUUGACUAAGAAAUUGAAAAGCAGCUCUGCUAGUUCUUCAGUAGAGGUUGGUGGUAUUCGUGGUAGUACGACUGCACAAGAAACGUCUUCCAGCCAGGCAAAUCAGGGUACUCCCUCUUUAUCUUCUCAGGACGAUGAAGCAAAAGGGCAUAAUUUUUUGGCACAGGUCCAACAGAAACUUAAUGAGUCCGAGUAUAAAGAAUUUAUUGGCUACAUGAAGGCACUGAAGUCAAAAGCUAUGAAAAUUGGUGCUGUUUUGCAAUCUAUUGCAAAACUGUUUUCUGGGCAAGAGAGGCUUUCUCUUCUUAGAAGAUUCAAGCAAUACAUCCCACAGAAGUACCAUUCUUUGUACGAUGAAUAUUGCAAUGGCAGAACAGAUACUACUUGAAAUGUAAGGAUCUUUUCCUGUUGAUUGCUAACUUGUAUGAGGAAUAUUGUAAAUGAGUUGGUGGAAAGUUCACACCUUCAAAGGGACUAAUCUUUGCAUCGAAUACUCUGUUCUCCAUCCUAUUCUGUAUUUAAACUCUGAUUUGGUCAUAAUCAUCUUUUAAAUUGCGAAAAA